GCACCCUCCCGACGAGAGCUGCUGCUGUCGCUGUAUUCUUGCUUGUGCUCUCCUGUAGGGUUUUGGCAGAUUCUCUCUCAACCAUGGCGGACAAGGCAGUCACACUUCGUACCAGGAAGUUCAUGACCAACCGCCUCCUUUCCAGGAAGCAAUUCGUCAUUGAUGUUCUUCAUCCAGGCAGACCCAAUGUUUCUAAGACAGAGCUCAAGGAAAAGCUGGCACAAAUGUACGAUGUGAAGAACUCCAAUUCAAUCUUUGUUUUUAAGUUCCGGACUCAUUUUGGAGGUGGGAAGUCUACUGGUUAUGGGUUAAUUUAUGAUUCUGUGGAGAGCGCCAAGAAGUAUGAGCCCAAGUACAGGCUGAUCAGGAAUGGUCUUGACACCAAGGUAGAAAAGUCAAGGAAGCAGAUGAAAGAGAGGAAGAACAGGGCGAAGAAGAUUCGUGGAGUUAAGAAGACCAAGGCCAGUGAAGCAGCCAAGGGUGGAAAGAAGAAAUGAGCGUUUGCACCAUAUCUUAGAACCCAUAUGUUCCAUGGCAACCUUCUUUUUAAUUUUUAUGUUUUUUUUGAGCUAGCUACUUUUGAAUUAGAAGAUAUUGUUGUUUGUGUGGAUUUGAUGUUUACAUAUAACUUCUGAUUUUACUGUUUUUUUUUUCGAGGAAGACAAAUUUGAAACAUUGAGUAGCAAGUAAUACAUGGUGUCAAAUCUUCUCAUGGUGCAGCUGUGUGGUUUAUAGUGCUAUGGUUCGACUGAUCAUGGAUUUUAUGGGUGAUGAAAUUUAUUCAAUAUGGUCUUAAAACA